CAUGUGAAGUUUUAUGUUAAAAUAGGCUCUGUUUUGAGAUAUUUUUUUUUGUAAUAUAAAUCAUAUCUCAUAUCUUGUGCAAACUGAAUAGGAUCAAUAAAUAUAUACAAGUUGAAACUGGCGUACAUUUAUGUAUUGAAAAACACAUAUUUACAUAUGGAAAAAAACAUUAUAUGAACAGAUGUUGGAUUAAUUGAUUUUAUUGGAGUUUCUAUUAAUAUUUAUAGAUAAAGAAAGGAAUACACGGAACGAUAUAGGAUAACAAUAGGACUGUCAGUUGAUUAUAUAUAAGUGUACAAGCAUUCUCAUUUUCAUCAGUGCUACCAUAUACAAGUACAGCUGAUAACUUUAUAAAGUUCCUGGACUAAACUCUAUGUCAGAUUGAUUGAUUCAAAUUGAUUUAAAAAGAAACUUAAGUGAGAAAAAAUGUCUUGUGGACAAAAAGAAAUGGAUGAUAGAAAAAUUGCUUUGAUUACGGGUCUUACAGGACAGGAUGGAUCAUAUUUGGCAGAGUUACUGAUCAAGAAAGGUUACGAGGUACAUGGUAUUAUAAGAAGGUCAAGUUCAUUUAACACAGGAAGAAUAGAACAUUUAUAUACCAACAAGGCAGCACACAGUGGCGGAUCUAUGCAUUUACAUUAUGGUGACCUAACAGACAGCACUUGUUUAGUGAAGAUUAUAAGUCAAGUACGACCUUCAGAGAUAUAUAAUCUAGGAGCUCAAAGUCAUGUCAAGGUAUCCUUUGAGUUAGCAGAGUACACAGCAAACGUAGAUGCUCUAGGUACGUUACGACUACUUGAUGCAAUCAGGACUUGUGGUAUGUCAGACCAGGUGAAGUUCUACCAGGCAUCAACAAGUGAAAUGUUUGGAAAAGUUCAAGAAAUCCCGCAGAAAGAAACCACACAAUUUUAUCCAAGAUCUCCAUACGGUGUGGCAAAGGUAUACGCUUACUGGAUCGUUAUCAAUUACAGAGAGGCAUACAAUAUGUUUGCAUGUAAUGGUAUACUCUUCAAUCAUGAGAGUCCCAGAAGAGGAGAGACAUUUGUGACAAGAAAGAUAACAAGGGCUGUAGCAAAGAUAACUCUAGGUCAGCAAAAGCUACUAGAGUUAGGGAACCUGGACUCUAUGAGAGAUUGGGGCCAUGCUAAAGAUUAUGUAGAGGCCAUGUGGUUAAUGUUACAACAAGAGAAACCUGAAGAUUUUGUUAUAUCAAUGAAUGAAAGUCAUAGUGUGAGAGAAUUCGUUGUUAAAGCUUUUAAAAAAGUGGGUAAAGAUAUAAUAUGGGAAGGUGAGGGUAAGGAUGAAGUAGGAAAGGAUAAAGCUACAGGAGAUGUCCUAGUCAGAAUAAAUCCUAAAUUUUACAGACCUACUGAAGUG